UCGACAGGACUCGGAUCGAACAUGUUUCCGGCGUUAAUGAAACUGCUGCCCGUUCCAAGCUAUUCCUCCUGGCCGGAGCAAAGCGGGAUCGCCGCGAACCCGAAGCGCUGCGGUUGUUAAGAGAGGGCAACAAAGGGAAGCGUUUAGCGCAAAAAGGGGGUUUCCGACGUCUUUCAAAGGCCGGCGAUUUGGAGCCGUCUGCUUAUGAGUAAAACCCCGCCACGGGUGUGACACAUCCUAUCUCCAGGCCAAAAGAGCCUAUGCCGCCCCACCGCCGGCUGGUUCUUAAUUCAUGCCAUGGCGCGUUGUGGGGGGGACUCGGUCUCCAGGGGCUCCGGAGGUCCCCGGGAAGAAUCGGGAAGAAAAGGCGGCGAGAGGGGUUCCGCGGAAAGGCGGAGGCUGAAAGAGUUGGUGGCGGAGCAACUGAGACGCGAUAUGGAAAGACUUCUUAAAGAAGAAAUCCAAACCGACAUCACUUUCUAUGUUGGCAAUACACUCUUCAAAGCUCACAAGGCAGUACUUUUAGCAAGAGUCCCAAAUUUCUUUCUGCAUGUUGUUGGAAAACAUUUAAAUACUUGUAACAACUGUGAAGCUUUAAAACUGCAAUAUUUGGAACCUUCUGAAUUUAAAACUUUCCUGCAGGCUGCAUAUUCAUCGGACAGAAUCAUUACAGAGGAAGAACAAGAGAUUCUAAAUAAAAAAGUUUCAAUGCCUGAAUUAGCGAAAGAAAAUGAAGAGUUAACAGUUGGUGGUUUACACAACGAUCAAAUAUGUAGAGAGCAGGGGCUGGGAAACCAUGAAAGGACAUCUGACCAUCACUCGAUAUUCUGCAAGACAGCUGUAGAAACAGAAUGUGCGGCGUCCUCUUUCUCUACUAGUGACAUGCCAACAGACGCUAUUGAUGCUGAGGGUGAGGUAACUGUGUCAGAAAUUGCAUCUGGCUUAGGAAAAGACCUAUUGAUGCUCUACCAGAAUUCUUGGUUUUCAGAUAUUAAUAUUUGGAUUGAUGGAAAACCCUUUGAAGUGCACAGGGCUAUUCUUUGUGCCAGAUCCAGUUACUUUUCUGCUAUGCUGAAUGGGAGCUGGGCAGAAAGCUCUCAAGAGCAUAUCACUCUUCAAGGCAUAAGCCAUGCAGAAAUGACUGUCAUUCUGCAUUUUAUCUACGGAGCAGUUCUGGAGUUCCCUAAAAAUGUAAAUGCUGGAUGUAUACUAAGCAUUGCAGAUAUGUAUGGAUUAGACGGUUUAAGAGAAAUAGCUAUAUACAUUCUGAAAAGAGAUUACUGCAACUUCUUUCAAAAGCCUGUGCCCGGGAAGCAUCAACCUGUUUUAGAGUGCCUGGCUAUAGCCCAUUCAACAAGAGCAGAGCACCUUUAUGAUUCAUGCAUGAAGUGGCUGAUACAAAAUUUUGCAAGGAGUUGGUCAGAAAAGAACUUUGCUAAUUUAUCUUCUGAGCUUCAAAAUAAUUGCCUUACUACAUUGAUUGAUUCUUUGAGCCCACAGAAUGCAGCCCGUCUUUUGAUGGAAACCAACAGGCUACUUAAUAGUCUUCCCCAAGUGAAAUGGACUGAAACAGCUCGAACGUUGGCAUUUAGACUGCAGGAAAAGUGUAUGGCAUUUAUGGUGACCAAUUUUCCAGAAAUAAUACAGAGUGAAAGCUUUUUAGCUCUCUUACAGGCUCAGGCCAUGAGCAGCAAACCUGAUCUUCUUGAUCAAGUGCUUGAAGCAGUCAAAAAAGAUGUUACUAUUGAAAAUAGCUGUUGCCUUCUUAUAGCAGUGGACGCUUUGCUAAGUUCUUCAAAUGUGAAUGAGAUGGGGUUUCUGUGCAGGAUCCAGGCUCUGCGUGAUAAACUGUGGAUCUUUCUGCUCCAGUCAUUUUUUGCCGUUCGACAUACAGAGGGCUGGAAACUGCUUAAGGCAGCUGAUCAGGAGCGAAUACAAGCAGCUGCUGUUGACAAAGGAGAUGACAGAAGACCUACCAAAAAGCCCAUUUUCAGUAGUUCUCAGUUAAACCGAUGCUUUGGUGGUACUUGUGCUCUAAAACAGACUGCUCGGGAAGGAAGUAAAAAGGAAAACUCUUGCGGUGAUCCCUCUGCUAAUCAGGAUAAAAUGAAAUCUGAUGCAUUAGGAGCAUCUGGACACACCUCAGCUACCAAUCGGAAUAGCAAUAAUAAAGCUUUGAAGCAUGAUGAUUUAAAGGGGAAAGACAGCAAAAAAGCAGUUUGUAAGCUGAUGAAGGAAUCCAAAAUAGGAGAGAAAAUGCCUUCACCGAAGGCUAGAGCUAUUAUAAAGCCCAAAGCUGAAAAUAAUGGAAAUACUAAAAAUGAAACACUGUUGGCCAAACAAGAUUCUGACCGAUCAUUACCGUCUAGCGGUCACAAAAAUGCAGGAAGCAGCAAAACGUCAAAAAACCAAGAAGGUAAAAUGACAGGUGCCCGCCCCAAAGUAUUUGCAGGAAUCUCAAAUGUACAAGUUAAAGCAAAACCUGUGAAGAAGGCAGUUGGAAAGGAAUCUCCUUCUCUCGUGAGCACAGAUACUCUAAGCAAAUCAACCAAUUCAAGUCCAGAUCUGCGGAUGUCCAUUGAAAAAGAUGACCUCAAAGAGGAAAAAGAAGAUGAGAGCAAAAAGCAGUCAGCUUUGAAAACAAAAUCUGGUACGAAGAUGACUAAUGGAGCCCUUUCCAAAAAACAUGUUAAUGAACUUGAGGCUAAUAGUCCUACGAACAGUGUUACAAAGAAAUGUACUGGGAAAGGCAACAAUGAACACAUACCACAAGCAGUUGUGAAGAAAAGGGCAAAUGAAGCUGGCAAUUCUGUACCUCAGCAGAAGACAAAGAAUAUAGCUAAUGCUACAAAAAAUCAAGGUCUACAGGGAGAUUUGUCAAAUCCACUUAAGGCUGCUCUUUCUCCAAAACAGAAUGAAGAGAAUGGUAUGACACAAGAUAUGACACUAACUUCAAUGAAGAAAAAAGCUAAAUCUUCACAAGCAACCUCAGUUAAAGCUACUGCAAAAAUAGUAACACCCAAAACCCAAACUCAUUCAAAGAAGACUGAAAUGACAAACAAUAAGGAACAAAAACAGAAAACAGUUAGUGUUCUAAGACUUCCAUCAGGCCAGAAGCCUCCCAGAAGCGAAUCAUCACUUCCAAAGAAUGUACAUGGGGAAGAGCAAAAAAAUUCAAACCUUAAACUUGAACACCCUACUUUGGAAGAUCAACCAUGUGUUAAUCACAAAUUCAAUCCAGAGGACAAAAAUGAUAGUGGAACAUCUUUACCUGAAUUACAAAGGCAGAAUAUACCUAUUUUGGAAAAAAAUAUUCCUCUUGAAGAAAUGGCUUGCAAGAGAGAUUUAGGACCUUCUUGCAUGUCAGAGCAGAACAUGUCAAUGAAGCACGAUGAGGCAGCCGAACAAAUUCAUAAAAAUGAGGAUGCUAAAUCUCCCAUAAAUAAAAAGAUGGAGCAAUGUACCCUUGAAUUGCAUCCUAUUCAAUGUCAUGAGAGUAUUGCAUGUGGAAACAUUAACCAAAAUGCUACACAUUUGACUUUAAAUGAAAUGGAAAAAUCCAAAACACUUCCGGAGUCUGUUGCUUGCCAGAAUUCCUUAGAAACUUUAAGAAAAAAUGAGAACCAUUUGGUACAAGAAAAAUCAGUUGUCUCUUUUGAUACCUUGGAAGCCGAAAAGGAUAUUAGCCAGCUGAAUGGCUUAUCACACAGGCUAUCUGAUGGUUCAAACUCUGAACAGGAAGAGAAAAAAUCCUCUACUUUUAAAACCUUUGUGAUAGAUUCUGAAAGUGCUGAUGAACUGUCUGAUAAAUCUGCCUUGACUGACUCACAGUUGGCUACAGUGGAAUCAGAGCCUGCUUCAAAAUCUUACAUAGAGCAAGCGGCAGAAAAAUGCUCGUCUAAAGAUACUGACACUACAGAAACUCCAGAAAGUCAUGAAAAUUCAGAAGCUCCAUUUACCGAUCAAUGGAAUAUAAGUUCCAGUGCACUUGAUCCAAAAGAAAGCCCUGAGUCAGAUACUGGCAGUGCAACAACAUCAUCAGAUGAUAUAAAGCCAAGAUCAGAAGAUUAUGACGCAGGGGGAUCUCAGGAUGAUGAAGGAUCAAAUGAAAGGGGAAUUUCAAAAUGCAGCACCAUGCUAUGCCAUGAUUUCCUUGGCAGAAGCAGUAGUGAUACAAGUACACCUGAAGAACUAAAAAUCUAUGAUACAAGUCUAAGAAUAGAAGUAAAGAUGAAAAAAGAAAACUCUGAACUCUUUCGGGUAAUAUCAACAAGUGAUGAGGAACUUCCUAGAAAAAAGCCUGAAACAACAUGGUUACGUCAGGGUGGAGAAAGACAAAGUGGAUCCAGUGGUGGUAAUACUAAUUUUGCCACCACUCAAUUUCCUCAAGAAGCUGAUCAGGUCUCUUCUUCAGCGGAUGAGACAGAGGAGGAAAAGUCUGAAAAUGAAAACGCUGUAGACAAAAUGCCUCCACCAGAAGUUCCUAUUCAGCAGUUCCAUGGGAUAGUGAAUCUAGCAUUUGAUGAUGCAACAGAAAAUGAUAUUGAAAGUCAAGAAUUCUCUGCCACUAAAAAUUUUAAGCGCUCCGUAUUACUAUCGGUGGAUGAAUGUGAAGAACUGGGAUCUGAUGAUGGUGUAGAGAUUCAUACUCCUCUGCAAUGUACUCUGGAUGCUGCAACACCUUCUGAUGUGUUUGAUAGUGUUUCCCAUGAGCAUCACAGCAAAACGUUUUAUUCAAGAUACUCACUGGAGAUUGAGGAUGGGUUCCUGGAUUGUAAGGGAGAUGACAAAGAAAAGUUGCCCAAAAAUGAAAAGCCCUCUAUAGAUCCUCACGACAAUGAUCAAACCAUAAAAGAUACUCUAGCUACUUCAGUUACAGAGCAAACAUGUAUGGAGAGAGCUGAGAAAAUAGGGGACAGCCAACUUUCUGCAGAAGUCAAGUGUGAAGGAAGUAAUGGCUUUCAGUGCAAUAAACUUUCAGACAAUGACACAAAAACUCAAGGAAGACCUUGUCACUUGGAUCUUCAUCAACAUGAUAAUACUGACUUACAGAAGAACAGCUCUACAAAACCUGUUGAUCCUUAUAAGAUUCACUUCCUGACUCAAGAAGGUAACAUGAAAGAGUCAGCAUCCCCUGAAUACACUGACACUGCUUUACUUGCAGGAGACAUAGAUGAUUGUGACAGAUUGACACAAACCUGCAUGUAUGAGCAUCGGCUUCCAAAAACCCUUUCUCCAAUAUACGAGAUGGAUGUUGGAGAAGCUUUUGAGCAGAGCAUGGAGUCUGAAGUGAAUUUUCUAGAUAUGGAUUUUGAAGACCAACAGUUUGCCGAACAGGACUGGACUCUUCUCAGGCAAUUGCUAUCUGACCAGGAAUCAAACUUGGACAUCAAAAAUUCUGUUCCCGAAGACCUUAACUUAGCACAGUAUCUCAUCAACCAAACACUAUUUCUGGCACGAGACACUUCACAACCUCAGGGUAAAGCACAGUUUGACACUUUCAGUAAGUGGACUGAAUUAAUAUCUCCACUGGAUGAUUCUUCAGCAAGUAUCACAGUGGCAAGUUUUUCUUCAGAAGAUUGUUCUUCCCCACAUGGGGAGUGGACAAUUCUUGAACUGGAAACCCAUCAUUAAGGUAUCUGUUUGAUACAGGACUCCUUCUCUCUUUUUCUCUCCCUCCCUCUGCAAGUAAAUAUUUUGCAAUAUUUCCAUAUGAUAACUAUUAUAUUGGUCAAGCAUGAACAAUCCAAUUCUAAGUAAAAUUUAUUUGCAGGUAAAAUCAUUUAAGUGGAUGUUUCUAAAAAGCAUUUGCAGCCAAUGGUUUCUUUUUUGGUUUCUUUUUCUUGACUUCUUAGGAAGAAUUCUGUCUGGAAAAAACCUUUGGCUUAGUGUAUUCUUACUUAUCACUUAGUCAUACCUUCCUGGAUGUUCAAUGAAUUAAAAUAGGAAUGCAAAAAAAAGUUGUGCUACCAAUUUUUUCUUGUAUCAUUCUGCAUUUAGUAGCUUCAAAUAAGAAAUUCACAGUGAUUAUGUCAAGAUGUGUGCCAACAGUAUUUUAAAUCCUAGACAUGUAUUUAUGUUUGAAUUUGCAGGAAAGUUUUGAUGCAACUGUUUAUGAAUUUCUUUAUAAAUAAUAGCAUGUAGAUUUGUUUUCUCUGACUUGUUUUUGUAUCUUUUUUGUUCUGAAAACUUUCAAUAAAUUUUUAAAUUGCUUAAA